UUGAGAAACAUGGAGUGAUUCUCAAUAUGGCAUAUUUGAAAAUAAGAGGAAUAAGGGUAAUAGUUUGUAUCAAAAUAUUAUGGUAGCUACAUUAUUAUUGAGCCAUUGUAAAUUCUAUAAUUAAGAAUAAGGCUCCAAUUGAACAAGUAAUAAUGCGGAAUAUCGUUCGAACCUAAGACUAGUUUUUUUUUUUUUUUUUUUUUUUAGGGAACCUAAAAGUCUAAAACUAGUCAUUGAGUAGAAACAAGUGGGUAGUUGUAGUUUUCAACUAAAAAAAAUGUCCAUCCCUUGGUUGAUUUUUGUGUGUCCAACAAUAUGGGGUGGAAAUUGGAACAUACAAAGAGACUGAGGCCCUGAGCCAUUCCUCGAUUGCUUUCCAAAGUUUAGGCGCUGUGUUCCUUGUCAGUUUAUCGACGCUUAAAAUAUGAAAGCGUCAGCACUCUACUUUAGCUCUCAACAACUGUUUUUGGCAGCUCCAGUUAAAUCAUUUUGUGGGGUUAAAGGAUUUCUACCCCAAAAUCAGUUGAGAAAUUUUUGCAAAUUUGAAAACAGAAAACCCAUUUGUAAAAUUCACCCAAUUUUUACUAUUAAAGCUGCUUCCUCAUCUUCUCCUUCACUUGGUGGCUCUGCUUCUGAUUAUCCUGAACUGAUUGGUAAACGAGUCAAGAAGAAACAAAGCAGAAUAGCUGGGAUAGAUCAGGAUGAGUUACUAGACCCGAGACAAUUGGCUGAUCCAGACAGCUGUUUCUGUGAGUUUAAAGGGGUGCAUGUACAUUAUAAAGUAUGUGAAGCAGAACCAUCCAUGUCAGAGGAGCAAGAAACUUCUCAGCUUGAUGUUCCAACUAAAAAGAUUGGUUUUCCAAUGAUUUUUCUACAUGGCUUUGGUGCCUCUACUUUUUCUUGGCAUCGAGUUAUGAAGCCUUUUGCACAAAUAACUGGUUCAAAGGUUUUGGCAUUUGAUAGACCAGCAUUUGGGUUGACAUCAAGAGUUAGACAUUCGGUACAUUCUCAUGCCGAUGAUGAUACAAUGCCUCUCAACCCAUAUUCUACAGCAUUUUCUGUGCUGGCAACUUUGUACUUCAUCGAUUUCCUUAAAUCAGAGAAGGCAGUACUCGUAGGGCAUUCAGCUGGGUCUCUAACAGCGGUGGAAGCAUACUUUGAGGCUCCUGACCGAGUUGCUGCAUUGAUUCUUGUGGCACCAGCAAUAGUGGCCCCGCGUUCAGCCACCAAGUCUGCUAAAGAAAAUCAGUCAGACAAAGGAAAUAAAGUCCAAGAAAGCAACUCUACUUCAGAUGAACGUCCAAAUCUGUUUGCGAGGCUUGGACUGGUCCUGUCAAACUUUUACAGAUACAUUGCGAACACAGUAAUGCAAAUGUUGAAAGGGAUACUGAAUGUAGUUAGCUCCCUGUACACGAAAGCUUUAGUUGCAAUCUUGCGCUCAGCUGUAGCUGUAACAUUGGUAAGGAUGAUUAUUGACAAGUUUGGCAUUGCUGCCGUUAAAAAUGCAUGGUAUGAUGCAACUCAAGUUACUGACCAUAUUCUACAUGGUUAUACAAAGCCACUACGAACAAAAGAUUGGGAUAGAGCUCUCGUGGAAUUUACUGUGGCUAUGUUGACAGAUUCUCAAGCUAAACUAAAACCACCGUUGGAGGAAAGACUCCAAAAUAUUGCAUGUCCAGUACUGAUUAUUACGGGUGAUAGUGACCGGCUUGUUCCUUCUUGGAAUUCUGAAAGGCUUUCACGAGCAAUACCUGGAUCACAGCUUGAGAUAAUGAAGAGUUGUGGUCAUCUGCCUCAUGAAGAAAAGCCAGACGAGUUUGUAUCUGUUGUUGCAAAAUUUUUUAACAGAGUUUUUUCUGGUUCAGGAGAAUUAUGCAUGCAAGCAUGACGAGGAUUAUUUAUCCAUGUACAUAGUUAAGCAAGUAAGCAACCAUCAACUUAUUAUGUUGUACCAUUCUUUAUGAGAGCUGCUAAAUCCCGCUUUUAAGCAGUUGGUCUAUUUGUAAACUGUCGUGCAUAUACAUAUUCAUUUACAUGACUAAAAGUCACUAUGGUGUUUUCCUGUA